AAAAUCAUCUGGUUUACGGCUACCUUUCCCUACCUUAUAUUAUUUAUAUUAUUUAUAAGGGGUGUAACCCUUGAGGGCGCCUCCGAGGGUAUCCUAUUUUAUUUGAAACCCGAUUGGAAUCGACUCACGGAAGCAAAAGUAUGGGUAUCAGCCGGCACUCAAGUCUUGUUUUCCUAUGGAAUAGGUAUCGGUGCGAACAUAGCACUGGGAUCUUAUAAUAGAUAUCACCACAAUUUUUAUAGGGACUCCAUAAUCGCAUGUAUUGUGAGCUCCGGGACGAGUCUGUUCUCCGGAUUUGUCAUAUUCUCAGUGUUGGGACACAUGGCCCACAUCCAGGAUAAGCCGGUGUCACAAGUGGCCAAAUCUGGGCCGGGACUGGCGUUUCUGGCCUACCCAGAGGUGGUCACACUAUUGCCAAUAUCGCCGCUCUGGUCGGUACUAUUCUUCCUAAUGCUU